AUGUCGGGCGACUUACGACAAGAGCUUCAGCUGCUAAAGGCAUUUAAUGAAGUGGUUGAAAAACUUACAGGGAGUUUGAGAAUAUCUUCAGAAAAACUUCAUUCUUUUGAAGGGUCCAUUCAGUCUGCUAAUCAACUAGUAAAUAUUUGGUCCUCGAUACAGAGCCAAACAGAUCACACGCAGCAGUUGUUACUGAAUACAGACUGGAAGGGGCCCAUGCAGGACCUUGAGGAAAUCGAGGUAUUACAAAAGGAAAAGGUACAGCAAGAGCAAGAACUAGAAAAACAGCAACAACUACAGAUACAGCGCCAACGCCAAGCAGAAGAGCAGGCACGGCGAGAAAGAGAGGAAGCCUUAGUAGCUCAAAAGAAACGCUCAAGUACUUUUCGAGGAAGAAAUUCAAGAGUAUCUUCGAUUCCUUCUCGUAACUCUUCCUCUAUCCCCUCUCCUCGGCCCUCUUCGUCUAUUGCUGGUAGUGCAAGCCGUCCCUCUACUCUGAACACCUCUGCAAAUAGAAGAAUUACCUCUUACUCUUCCGUUCCAAGACCAAGGGCUACCAUACCAAGUCGUAAUGCUUCUUCUUCAUAUCCCGCAUCCACAUCGACGGCUACUUCUCAUGAUCCGCAAGUCCAGCCAAGGGCAUCGAGCGCCUCAAGACGUAGUUUAUACUCAAGAAGCUCUUCCCGUCUUCGUCCUCCGGAGCGAACUUCGUCGAUGACUAUGACUGGUACACGACGUCCUCCCGUCCUUCCUAGAAGGCCAAAUUCCAUCUUACGUUCAUCCACACAUCCAGCAAAUACUCAGCGCAAUCAACCCCAUUAG